AUGGAACACAGAACGGGACUUUCGUUCGUUCCUCUUCGUGACCAACAGUUCCUCUUCGUGACCAACAAUAUGUCGUUAUGUAUUGUUGACUCGAAACCACUGGAUGUCAUGGAGUCGACCUUGGCAGAUUUGGACUUUGGAGCGAUUGAAAACAAGGGUGUGGAACGAAAAGAGUGGUUGGAAAGUCCGUACGGUGAAGAGCAACUCGGUAAACGUAUUGAG